AUGGCCCACGUCCCACCCCCCCCGCGGCUGCGCGCCGCCAUCCCCUCCUUCGUCCCAGCUCCGCACAAGCCCAAGAAGCCCGCCGUCCGCAUCGACAUCGUCGAGACGCAGGCCAGCGCCGCCCGUGAGGCUUAUCUCGCCGAACGCCUUGCGCAGAUCGACGGCUGGGCAUACGACCAGAAACCAUGGGGUCCCACCGAGAUGCCCGUUCCCUCGAGCCUGCCGUUCGGGCGCGACCCGCGGGCGAGGGUGCGUGCGCGCGUCGAGGAGGUAAUGCGCGAUGUCGCGCCGGCGGCGGCUGUGCCCGUGGCGGUAAAAGACGAGCCUGGGACUCAGAAAGCCGAGAAGGACGAGAAAUGUGAACGGAGCGAGGACGAGCCGGUGAAACCCGGCAAGACGCUCAAGGAUAGGCGGCGGUGGAGCAUGCUCAGCCUCAAGUCCGCUGCGGAAGAGGCACCCAAGCCCGAGAAGGAGAAGCAGGCGGAGCGCGGUCCUCCCAGCGCCUUCAAACGCUGGAGCGUGAUCAAGAGCGACGCGGUACCUGGCAUCGUGCCGGAUGAGCCUCCCUCCGUUCCAACCCACACGCGCAGCACCUCCGAGAUGACGCCUGCCCGGGCGAACGCAACCGCGCCGCCAGCUCCGCUCAAACGCAAUCGCCGCUGGAGCCUGCAAAAUCUCAAAGAGGUCCUUACACGGGACAAGGAGGGCGCUGAGGUCAAGCCCGUCCCAACGAAGCUUGAGGCCGAGACUGCCCCUUCCCUUCCCGUCCCCAAAGCAAAGCCCGAGGCGACAAUAAUCACCCACCUCCCGGAGCGGAGCAGCUCGAUCUCUCCCAGCAAGCCGAAGAAAUCGCACUCGCUCCCGUCACCAACCAUGAGCCUCGUCUCGCUGGACCUCGACUUCGACCUCUUCGGCCUCUCGUCCGACAGCCAAAGCGUCAAGACUCCGCCCGAGUCCUCCGCCCCCGAGCCAGCUCCCACCGUCACCAUCAAGGACGUGCCAAACGCCAGCCCCGUCCAGCUCCUGGCUGAACGCGAUGCGUGGCGGCACGAAGCGCUGCUUCUGUACGACCAGCUGUGCUACUGGCGCCUGGAGGCGCUCGAGCGGGGCCGCGAGCGCGACGGGUGGCGCGGCGUCGCGCUCGCCGUCGGCGUCCAAGUGCCCCCGUGCGUCGUCAAGACUCUGCCGGCCGCAGCGGCGCCGCUAUCCGACGCGCAGCGGCGGACGCGCGAGGUGGAGCGCGAGCGCGAGAAAGGGCGGGAGCGGGUGCGCGAGUGGCACCUCGCGAGCAUUGAGCGUGAGCGGCGCGAGCACGCGGCGCGCGAAGCGGAGCGUCGGGCCGAGGCACGCGAAACCGCCGAGCGGAGAGAGCUGGACCGGCGCGUGCGCGAACGCCGCGCGCGCGAGCGGCACAUCGAGAUGCGCGAGGCCGCGCGCCUGUCCGACUGGGCGGGGCUGACGCGGCGCGAGGGCGAGCCGCGCCACCCGUCGGCGCAUAGGGCGCCGUCUUCGCGCCACAGCAGGCAGCAUAGUCGCGAGUGGGCGCCGAGCGGGGCUGCCGAGGCGGCCGCGGACGCCAUGGCCGUCGUGGGCGCGGCGCCCGCCGGCGUUCUCCCCCCGCCGGGGCUGCCUGGCCCCGUGUCUCCCAUGAGUAGCUGGGGACGCCAGAGCCGAACCUCAAGCUAUGCCGGCGCACACCGCUUCCCCGCGCCACACGACCACUCGAACGGCGUGCCGGAACACGAGCACGAUGCACGCCCGAGAGCCGUUGGCUGGCCUGCAAGCGAAAGUGGACGGGAGCGGGCGCGCGAGAUGCUCACCCCGCCCCGGGGGGCCAGUCGCGAGGCUAUGCGGAGCGGGACAGCGUAG